AUGACUUUUAUAUCGAAGAUAAAAAUGGUAAUGUCACCUGGUAUUAUCGUCGACACAUUCCGGGUGAAAAGAACGUCAAUUUUCACGAUGCCCUUAUUGCUGGUUGUGAUUUCAAUUGUCUUCAUGUUUGUACCAAAAGUGCCUUUGGAGACAGGAGUGGAAAUGAAAUGCGAAUCUGAAAUUAUUUUCAUUGUGCAUACCGAUACCGUUCAACAAAAUACGCACAACACGUCGAUGUUUAAUGACGAGAACAAUGAUGAAUUGAUCACAUGCAAGGUGAGACUAAACAAUAUUAUAAAAAAAUAUUAA